CGAUCAUUGCACGAUGCGACCCGACGGACCACGCGAUCCGGUUGCGGGACCAGACGAUGGCCCCGCUGCGCCGUUCCCACUCCGUUUGAACGGCAAAGUUAUCAAAGGAUUUGGCCGUGGCAGCAACGAGGUCAGUUCAGCAACCCGCAUUCUUGCCUUGGCUCGGAAAGAUUCAUACAUCAAGACCUUACAUUCCAUCGAUACAAGCUCAAGCAUUGGGAACUUCUGUUCGCUGCCUUUGCAAAGCACGUUGCGGCGGAAUCCCCAAGACUCGUUAUCGCAAUAUCUUAUGAACGCAGUUGAACAUCCAUGUUGUUGACCGUCUUACUGAUGGUAUAACUUUCAGCUGGGAAUACCUACGGCCAACAUUCCUUUAUCCGGACUCUCUGUUGGAGGACAUGACGAGAUCGAAUCCGGAAUUUACUAUGGAUGGGCGGGUCUGUCGCCUUCGAAAGCCAUUGAGCAGAGUGCCUAUGGCCCAGACUCUAAGUAUAAACUCAUGACCGAGAAGAUCUACGAAAACAUGAAGAGCGUCCUAUUGAAAGACGACAAAGCCGAUAGCCAGACACAGACUCGCGGCGCAGUGUUCCCAAUGGUCAUGUCUAUUGGAUGGAACCCAUACUACAAGAACACUGUUCGCAGUAUCGAGGUGCACAUUAUGCAUGAUUUCGAGACCGACUUCUACGAAAGUCACAUGAACGUCAUUAUUCUGGGAUUCAUCCGGCCCGAGUACGACUACGUCAGCAAGGAGAGCUUGAUCGACGAUAUCAAGACAGACAUCGAUGUCGCCGGGCAGAGCCUGUCACGACCGGCGUAUGUGAAAUAUCGUACAGAGCCUUUCCUACUUGAUUUCAACGACAAGAGUGAUGUUGCAAGCUAGAUUGAGAUCAAAUAGACUACUUCAGUUGUCCCGAGAUUUUCGUUAAAAAGCCAAAGUCGAAUGUUUCCUUAUUGCAGAGCUCAAUCCGCGGCCGAACAGGGGGAGAAACACUUCUACGCACCACCCUCACGUUUGGCAUA